UAUUUACAAUUUAAAAAGACAUACACUUUUUUUAUUAUAUACAAGAUUUCAAAGUAAGAACAUUUAAGUGAAUAGAUUAAAUAGUAAAAUAAUAAACCUUAAAAAUGGAUGCGUUUAAAAGAAUUGUCCACAACUGUGAUGCCUUAGAAUCUAUAUUCAAAUACUUGGAUUUAAAUGAACAAUUAAAAAUUUCACAAAUUUGCAAAGAAUUUGAAUUUCCCAUAACACAACUAAUAUGGAGACUUAAGUGUAGAAAUAUUAAAAUUACCCAAAUAUUUCCGGAAACUAUGAUGGUGAAAUGUAAUAACAACGACAAGGAAUGUACUAUGGAUUCCGAGAGAAUUAAAAUGUUUUUGACUUUAUGCAGAAGUUAUGUGCAAAAUUUAGAAUUGACUUUUGUGGAAUUUACCAUUGAACACAUUACUUUCGAUUUUAAAAAUUUAACCACAAUUUCUUUUUAUAAAUGCCAAGUUAAUAAUGAAAUUUUAAAACAACUUGCUAGAAAUUGUUUAAAGUUAAGCAUAUUUUAUAUGGAAUGUUGUAAGAACUAUGAGCAAAAACCUCUUAUAAUGGGUCGAGAUCUGCAAGUAAAUAUAUUUAAAGAAAUGCCGGAGCUAAGCGAAUUGGCAGUUAUAAAUUUCUAUAACAUCGACAUGGAUUAUCAGGUAUUGCGAGAGUUUUAUAGAAUCACAACACUUAAAAAACUUUAUAUAAAAGCACCUUUAUAUGUGGAUACUAGUGGACCGAACUGCCUAGAGAAAAUUGCGUGUAAAGCAAAAUCUUUAGAAAAUUUAAGAAUUGAACGUUUUUGUGAUCAAAAGUUAUGGCAACAAUUUUCCUUGAAAUGUUUAGUUAAUUUUAAAAAUCUUACAAAAUUAACUCUUAAAAUGGAUCCAUUUGCCGAUAUAACAGUAAAUGAUAUAUUUUUCUUAACAUUGGCAAAUAAUUGCCAACUACUUGAACAAUUGACAUUGGAACAGUGUAAAUUAAUUAUUACAAAAUUUACUCCAAUAGAAAAUCUUUCCAGUUUAAAUUUAAGCUGGUGUCGCGGAUUAAGCGGUUGCAAUUUAAGGGAAAUCUUUAGUGUAUAUCAAUUACAAUCACUUAAAAUAACAAAUAACGUUUGUCAGAAAAAUAUUUACGAUUACAAUUAUUCUGCUGAAAAAUUAAAAGCUUUAACUGUGGGAACUACUCUACAACCAGAUAUAACAUCAGCAUUAACGAACCCCAGCAACCGAUUUGAAAAUAUCUCUAAACUUAUUUGGUUUCAAAGUGGACCCUCGAGUUUGGGGAAUCCAAUUAUUUUGGAAAAUAUUUCAUAUAUUUAUCCAAACGUACAAAAGUUGUUAAUUGUAGACUAUUAUAUUAAAAUUGAGGACUUAAAUCGUCUAAAGUAUUUGAAUUUUUUAAAAAUUCAUUUAAAUACUAUCAUGUCGUGGUCGUAUUUAAAACAACUAUUGCAAUUACCAUAUCUAAUAAAACUCAUUAUUGGCUUGUCUAUGGGUAUUUCAACAGAUAUCGGGUCUGGUGUUGAUGAGGUCACCUCUUGUCGAGAAUUAAAUAAAAAUCUUGAAUAUUUAAAAAUUCCCUUGAUUCUUUUUAGUGCAAAUAUAGAAUUUUGGUUAUUAUUUUUAAAGAUAAACGUAAAAUUUAAAUUAUUAGUUUACAGUGAAUGUAAAGAUAAACUUAUUAAAAUUAUGUUUUUCGAAGAACUUCUAAGCAGUAAAGGACUUCCUGAUCGUAUUAAUAUUUGUGAUUUUAAUGUGGGUAAGUAA